UGGCCUUUCUGGUCUUUUCCUCUCUGACUUUUCUGGCUUAUGGAUCACCAUUGCAGGUGAUGUCUGCCCCCAACUUGUUGCGGGUAGGAACGCCAGAAAACAUCUUUGUGGAGUGUCAAGACUGCACUGAUGAUAAUAACAUCACGGUCGAAAUCACCGUAAUGACUUAUCCAACCAAAUCCAAAAGGCUGGCAUCCACAUCUGUUAUUCUUACCAGUGCAAAUAAAUUCCAGGACUUUGGACAAAUAAAGAUCCCUGCUGUUGGCUUCAGUAAGGAGCCCAACGUGAACCAGUACGUGUACCUGAAAGCUCAGUUCCCUGAUGUUGAACUGGAGAAACUUGUCUUAGUGUCCUUCCAGUCUGGGUACAUCUUCAUCCAGACCGACAAGACCCUCUACACCCCCAACAGCAAAGUUAAUUACAGGAUGUUUGGAGUGACGCCCAGCAUGGAGCCUGUGGAGAGGGAUAAUGAAACUCAGACAGAUGCUUCUAUUGCCAUUGAGAUUGUGACCCCUGAAGGUAUGAUUUUACCACUUGAUCCAGUCUCCCUAACAUCAGGCAUACACUCUGGACAUUACAAACUCACUGAAAUUGUCAACAUUCUUGUGUGUGUGUGUGUGUGUGUGUGUGUGUGUAGUAUCGGACUGUGGAAGGUGGUGGCCAGGUUCCACAGCAACCCACAGCUGAGCUACUCUGCAGAGUUUGAGGUUAAAGAAUAUGUGCUGCCCAGUUUUGAGGUUAAGCUGACGCUUGAGAGCCCCUUCUUCUACGUGGACAGUCAAGAGUUCACCGUUAGCAUCAAAGCUACAUAUCUGUUUGGUGAAGAGGUGGAUGGUACAGCCUACGGGGUAUUUGGGGUUAUGCAUGAAGGUCACAAAAAGAGCCUUCCCAGCUCUCUUCAAAGAGUGCAGAUCAUGAGCGGUAAAGGGGAGGUCAAACUGAAGAAAGAGCACAUCAUACAGACCUUCCAAAACAUCUCUGACCUGGAGGGGAGUUCCUUAUUUGUAGCUGUCGGUGUGCUGACGGAGACUGGUAAGAGACAGUGUUUGCCUGCUUAACGAUUCCGCUUAUUGGUUCCGCUCGUUGCAAAUGCGUCAUGACGUCACACACGCGCUGCGUUGUUUUGGGAGAUGAUAAAGACUCUCAACCCAAAAUACAAUGCCCCAAACAGAGACAGUUUAACAAAUUAUCUGAUUCCUGCUUGGUAUGGGGUUGAAAAGAGCAAUCUGAUCACAGACCUGAAACAUGUCACACAUGCAGCCAUCACAGCAGAUAGUUGGACUAGUUUCAGUCAAGACCACUACCUCACCGUAACAUUGCACUAUGUCAGGGAAGGCCAGAGUAUAGAAAAAGUCCUCAAAACCAAAGCAGUGUACAAAGCUCAAACAGGGACAGCUGUGGCCAAGGAGAUUGAGGGGAUCCUGGAGGAGUUUGGAGUGAAAGAGAAGGUGGUGGCAGCAACUGUGGAUAACACAGCAAACAUGGAUGUAGCUGUGAAAAAGCUAAACAUCAUCAAGUUUCCAUGUUUUGCGCACCCACUUAACCUUGGAGCUCAGAAGCUACUGGCCAGAAUGGGCAAUGAGGACCUCAGGAAAGCAAAGGAGUUUGUGCUGCUGAUAAGGAUGCAUUACACAUCCACACUUGCCGUCUCCAGCGAAAAAAGUCCAACCUGUGGCCAGAUAUUGCCCAUCCUUCAGAAACUGCGCAAACAUUACACAGUGCAGGCAGACGACUCUGCAUUCGUCAGGAGCGUCAAGGAAAACAUCUGGAAUGAUCUUUUCAAACGUUACCAGUGGCAGAUUGAAGUUGUAAACCCUGAUGGCACUCCAGCACAAAAUGUCAGAGUGGUAGUGCAUCCGGGUGAGGUGCGGGGCACCACUUCAGUCAAUGGCAUGGCAAGGCUUUCCAUCAAUACAGAAGAAAAUCCUACACCAAUGAUAGUCACAGCAAAGACCGAUGUUAACGGUAUUACAUCUGAAAGGCAAGCAUCAGCCAACAUGACAGCUCUCCCAUAUAGCACGACAAGCAACAGUUACAUCCACAUAGGUGUGGAUACAGCUGAAGUGACGUUAGGAGAAAACAUGAAAAUCAGCCUCAACCUCAACAGGCAGGAAACUACACAACAUGACAUCACAUACCUGAUUUUGAGCAGAGGUAAGCUGGUGAAAUAUGGCCGUUACAGGACAAAAGGUCAAGUACUGAUAUCCAUGAUAGUCAGCAUUACCAAAAACAUGCUGCCAUCAUUCCGCAUCUUAGCCUACUACCAUACAAAUGACAAUGAAGUGGUAUCAGACUCUGUGUGGGUGGAUGUCAAGGACUCCUGCAUGGGCUCGUUGAAGCUGGAAGCAUCAACACGUUCUUCAUCCUAUGAGCCUCGCAAGAUGUUUGGUCUGAAAGUCACUGGAGAUCCAGAAGCCACAGUGGGUCUGGUGGCAGUUGACAAAGGGGUCUACCUCCUAAAUAACAAGCACCGCCUCAACCAGAAAAAGGUAUGGGACAUGGUGGAGACAUACGACACAGGCUGCACGCCAGGUGGAGGGAAGGACAGUAUGGGUGUGUUCUACGAUGCUGGGCUGUUGUUUGAAUCCAACACUGCUUCUGGGACUCCCUAUAGACUAGAAUUGAAAUGUCCGGCCACCAGUAGGAGGAAACGAACUACUAUAAUGGACGUCACUACCAGCUUAGCAAGUCAAUAUAAAGACCAACUGCAACGUGACUGUUGCCUGGAUGGCAUUAGGAACAUUCCUGUUUCAUACACCUGUGAGAGGCGCAGCGAGUACAUCACAGACGGUGCAGCUUGUGUCGAGGCCUUCCUGCAUUGUUGUAAGGAGAUGGAAAGCCAGCGAGCUGAGAGGAAGGAGGACAACCUCCAACUGGCUCGCAGUGAGGAGGAUGACAGUUACAUGGACACCAAUGAAAUAGUUUCUCGCACCAAGUUUCCUGAAAGUUGGCUGUGGUCAGAUAUCAAACUGCCUUCUUGCCCUCGACAAACACCAAACUGUGACACCACAUCAGUUGUGAAAAAUGUUCCUUUGCAAGAUUCUAUCACAACCUGGCAAUUCACUGCCAUUAGUCUGUCAAGAACUCACGGUAUCUGUGUGGCUGAACCAUUAGAGAUAAUAGUACGGAAGGAUUUUUUCAUUGAACUAAAGCUGCCCUACACUGCUGUCCGUGGAGAGCAAGUAGAAGUUAAAGCAGUACUCUACAACUACAGCCCUGAUCCUGCCAUCGUGCGUGUGGAUCUGAUUGAGGAGGCACAUGUGUGCAGUGCAGCUUCUAAGCGCGCAUUAUACAGACAGGAGGUUAAAGUUGGGUCCAAAACGACACGAUCUGUCCCCUUCAUCAUUAUUCCCACGAGGGAAGGACAAUAUCGCAUUGAGGUCAAAGCAGCUGUUAAAGACUCAAUGCUUAGUGAUGGAAUUAUGAAAAUGCUGCAGGUGGUGCCAGAAGGCAUACUGGUUAAAUUUCCUCAGACUGUAACUCUUCACCCUGCAAAAAUAAGUGAAGAUGGCAAACAAGUAGAAAUGAUCAACAGUAGAAUUCCUAUAAAAGAUUUUGUCCCAAACACACCGACUAGCACACAGAUCUCUGUGACAGGAAGAGAGCAAUCAAAUAAGCUUGAGAAUGACAUUAAAGGGAAAUCAAUGGGUAGUCUGAUCUACCAGCCCUCAGGCGAUGGAGAGGAGAAUAUGAUCCACAUGACCCUGCCUGUCAUUGCAACCACAUAUUUAGACAAAACCAACCUGUGGGAACCUGUGGAAAUUGAGAAACGUAAAGAAGCCCUCCAACACAUCAGCACCGGUUACCAGAAUCAGCUUGCCUACCGUAAAAAUGACGGGUCUUUUGCUGCUUAUAAAAAUCAUCACAGUAGCACCUGGCUGACCGCUUAUGUUGCCAAAGUGUUUGCCAUGGCCAAAAAUCUGGUGGCCGUGCAAAGCAGUGUGAUCUGUGAUGCUGUCAGCUUUCUGAUUCUCAAUGCACAGCAAUCUGACGGCUUGUUUAGAGAAGAUGGAACAUUGUACCAUGUAGAGAUGAUGGGUGACGUGCAAGGCGUAGAUUCAGAUGCCUCCAUGACUGCCUUUUGCCUCAUUGCCAUGCAGGAAUCACGCACGAUUUGUGCUGCCACUAUUAAUAGUCUGCCAGGCAGUAUAGACAAAGCAGUGGCCUACCUGGAGAAGCGUCUGCCCAGCCUCACCAACCCAUACGCUGUUGCCAUGACAUCCUACGCCCUGGCCAAUGAAAACAAACUAAAUCUGGAUAUCCUCUACAAGUUUGCUUCCCCAGAGUUGUCCCAUUGGCAGGUACCUAUGGGACGUGUUUACACACUGGAGGCCACAGCUUACGCUCUUCUGGCUCUGGUCAAGGCCGAGGCCUUUGAAGAAGCCAGACCUGUUGUCAGAUGGUUCAACAAACAACGGAGAGUGAAUGGAGGCUAUGAAUCAACUCAGGCCACCAUAAUGGUGUACGAGGCUAUUGCUGAGUACUGGGUUACUCCUAAAGAAAAAGAGUAUGAUCUGGAUGUGGACAUCUUGUUGCCAGGCAGGUCAAAGCCUGACAAGUACAACUUUAACAUUGAAAAUCACUUUACCACGAGAACAUCUAAAAUCAAUGAUAUAAAUCAGGAUGUUAAAGUGACUGCCACAGGCACAGGAGAAGCAACAGUGACAAUGGUGUCGCUGUAUUACGCUCUGCCUAAAGAAAAGGACUGUCAGAGGUUUAACAUGUCAGUGCAGCUCAUCCCAGAGAAAAUGGAUGAGGAUGAGAAGAUAUAUAAGCUGAGAAUAGAGGUUUUGUAUAAGGACAAGGAGCGUGACGCAACCAUGACAGUGUUGGAUAUUGGCCUAUUAACUGGCUUCACCGUUAACACAAAUGACCUGAGCUUAUUGUCCAAAGGACGUGCCCGUACUAUUUCAAAAUAUAACAUGAAGACUGUCGAGUCAGAAAGAGGCUCACUCAUGAUCUACCUGGACAAGGUGUCUCACACACGACCAGAGGAGAUCAUGUUUAGGAUGCAUCAGAAGCUGAAAGUGGGCGUCUUACAACCAGCUGCCGUGUCUGUCUAUGAACCCAACCAUCAACACACAACACCUUGUGUGAAGUUCUACCAUCCAGAGAGGAGAUCUGGACAGCUUCUGCGGCUCUGUAGAAAUGAUGUAUGCGCAUGUGCUGAAGAGAACUGCAGUAUGCAGAAGAAGGGCAACAUCAGUAAUGAUGAGCGCACUGCUAAGACCUGUGAGACUCAAGUGAACAGCAAAAUAGAUUUUGUGUACAAAGUGAGACUACAAGAGUUUACAGAUGGUUUGUCCACUGACAUUUACAAAGUGCGCGUAAUGGAAGUCAUCAAAGAAGGAAAUGAUGAUGUGGGUCCUGUGGGUAAGCUGCGCAUAUUCCUCAGUUAUCCACACUGCAGAGAAGCUUUAGAUCUGAGAAGAGGCAACACGUACCUUAUCAUGGGCACAUCCAGAGAUAUUUACAGUGACGAACAGAGUCAAUCGUAUCAGUAUGUCCUCGGUGAGAGAACCUGGAUCGAGUACUGGCCCUCAGAAGCAGAGUGUCAAACUCAGAAACACACUGCUGCCUGUUCGGGCAUUAAGGAGAUGGCCCAGCGAUACAAACUCAAAGGAUGUCAGCAAGCCACUAUAAUGGUGUACCAGGCUGUAUCUGAGUACUGGGCCAAUGCUAAAGAACCAGAGUAUGAUCUGAAUGUGGACAUCUUGUUGCCAGGCAGGUCAAAGCCUGACAAGUACAAUUUCAACAGGGAAAACCACUUUACCACGAGAACAUCUAGAAUGGUGUCGCUGUAUUACGCUCUGCCUAAGGAAAAGGAAAGUGACUGUCAGAGGUUUAACUUGUCAGUGGAGCUCAUUCCAGAGAAAAUGGAUGAAGAUAAAAACAUAUACAAGCUGAAAAUAGAGGUUAUGUCGAAGGAGAAGAAGCACAAUGCAACCAUGUCAAUAUUGGAUAUUGGCUUGUUAACUGGCUUCACCGUUGACACAAAUGACCUGAACUUAUUGUCCAGAGGACGUGCCCGCACCAUUGCAAAAUAUGAGAUGAACACAGUCCUGUCAGAAAGAGGCUCACUAAUCAUCUACCUGGACAAGAUUUCUAACACUCAACCAGAAGAGAUCACUUUUAGGAUCCAUCAGCAGAUGAAAGUGGGCGUCUUACAACCAGCUGCUGUGUCUGUCUAUGAAUACUAUGACCGGAGGUGUUCCCGGCACGUCCAGCUGGGAGGAGGCCACGGGGCAGACCAAGUGGAGAGAUUAUAUCUCAACACUGGCCUGGGAAGAGGAAAGUUGGCCAAUGUGGCCAGGGAAAGGGAAGUUUGGCGUCCUCUGCUGGACUUGCUACCCCCGCGACAAUAA